AUGUUGUCUCGUUGCGAGAGUGCGGAAUCUCUUAGCUCCCUUUUUUCAAAUAGAAAUAGCAACACAAACAACAACAGACAAAUAAAAGAAUUUGAAUAUUCUUCACCAAGAAAUUUAACUACCCAACAACAAUUAAAAGAAUUUGUGGAAGAAAAAAUUCAACUAAAAAGUUUAAUAAUUCAGAGAGAAAUGACUGAAACUAAUUGUAUUGCUUUUUCUUUUAAUUUGGAAAAAUCAAGAAAAUUAAAAUUGGGAAUUUGUGUUAAUGAAUUGAUUGAUUCUUCAUUAAAUCGUUUUCAUAAUUCAAUUCAAGGAAUUAUUAUGUCUUCAGAAUUGGAUUUACAUCAAAAAAUUUAUGGUGUUACUAAACGAAGGGAACAAGGAAUGGCUACAACAGAAUGGGUUCAGGUUGACAUUUUGAAAAAAAAUUUUUUUUUCAUUCUUUUAAAAUUUAUUUUUUAG